AUAACGUCACAAUGUACAGCACGUCAUAAUGUGUACGACGUACCACAUUCACCCUUGCGACCAACCAUAAACAUACUGUGCGCUUGCUUUGAGGCAAAUGGAAAAUCAAAAGAUGAUUUCUGGAAAUGUUUUCCGUUCUAUGGCAGACGACAAUGAUUUAAAAAAUGACUUUGUACCUUAUGAUCAGGUUAAGGACACCAUCUUGAAAAUCGAAGUUUUAAAAACUUCUAAUGCAAAUGUUUCUUCAUUCCUGCCGUCAUGGGCUGAUGAUGAAUAUUUUUUGCAGUUACACAAACCGAAGAAAAUAAAGAAGAGAAAUUUGUUUGAAACAAGCAUGGAAACUGGAGAAACAGUGUUGGAGAAAGUGUCAGAAGACACGACAACCAUUGAGAGCGGACUGAAUGCAGAGAACGGACAAAUCACAUAUUCCCUUCCUGAUAUCAGUAGCGAAGAACUUGAAAUAAAAAUAGAGGAUGUUGCAGCAUAUAUCCUGAGCAUUGUCGAAAAGGCAUGUACAAUAGUUCUCCAUGAUAUAGCAGCCCAGAAUCUAGAUCAGGAUGACGGCAGUAUUAUGGAAGAAACAAAAAAUGCGAACACUUCAGAUGCGAACCAGGAAAUGGAAAAUGAGUGUCUACCGAAACCUGUUAAAUUACCGGUACAAGAGUUAAAACAGAAAACUAAACCAGUCCAAAGUGGACAGGACAAACCUGGGGGACUUACUGCAUUAGAAACAGGGAAAAUACAAAAGUUUAUUCCCCGAAAGCUGUUUCUAUCGAGUAUAGAAACCUUCAAACUUGCACCUGAAUCCCAGGAUUCCACCAAGAACAAAGAGAAGAUCAAUCCCGUGAAACCGAGGCCUUUACCGUGUAGUUUCCAAAGCACCACGGGACUUUCUCCUGCGGAAGAACCACGUGUGGUGAGACCGCGUAGAAGAUGGAGGGAUCGCAUUCUCAGAUUUUUGGGAUUUAAAAGAUAGACAUUCUGAAAAUUAUGAAGAUAGAAACGUGAUUUUAAAGGAUUUGUUUUUAUAC